AUGGUUAGUAAAGUUAGUGUCUUGACACAACGUAUUUACCUUAUUGUAUCAAGGGUUAGUAUUUGGGGUGUCGGAAACUGUCCCCCCCACAUUGACGUGUGGUGGGUCACUGACCCACCACACGUCACUGACCCGCCACACGUCACUGACCCGCCACACGUCACUGACCCGCCACACGUCACUGACCCGCCACACGUCACUGACCCGCCACACGUCACUGACCCGCCACACGUCACCGACCCGCCACACGUCACCGACCCGCCACACGUCACUGACCCACCACACGUCACCGACCCACCACACGUCACCGACCCACCACACGUCACCGACCCGCCUCACGUCACCGACCCGCCACACGUCACCGACCCGCCACACGUCACCGACCCGCCACACGUCACCGACCCGCCACACGUCACCGACCCGCCACACGUCACUGACCCGCCACACGUCACUGACCCACCACACGUCACUGUCCCACCCCCCUCGUCACCGACCUGUCUUUCACCGUUUGUGGGUUAA